UGCUCGAGUGGACAUUUGAAUAGAUAUCGUGUAAUAUGAUGCGUAAAAGUAUUUCUAACAAAAGAUAAAAUCAUCACAUGUGUACUGUUAAACAAAGUAACCUAAGAGGACAAAAACGAAAUGAAUCACGUGACUUAGGGGGAGGGUCCAAUAUAAUAACCUUGCGUCUUUCUUUUGCUUCAUAAGCAUUGCAACAUUCAACGAGAACGUAUCGUUUGAAAUUAUUAGUGAUUCCUUGUGUUAUUGUGUUGAAUUAAUAUACAAGCAUGAAGAUAUUACUGGUAUUCCUAAUUUCGACAGUAUUUGCUGUUCAAGCUAUCUCAUUUUUUGAUCUUAUCUUAGAAGAAUGGACAACGUUUAAGCUUGAACAUAAAAAAAAUUAUGAAACUACUUCUGAGGAAAAAGUCAGAAUGAAAAUAUUCAUGGAUAACAAACAUAAGAUUGCGUUACACAAUCGUAAAUUUGAAUUAGGUGAAGUUAGUUACAAAUUAAAGAUAAAUAAGUUUGGUGAUAUGCUUCAUUACGAGUACGUACAAUUAUUGAAUGGUUUUAACAAAUCGAUAGAUCAUCAAUUAAGAGAACAAAGAAAACCACUUAGUGCCACAUACAUUGAACCAGCUCAUGUUGAAUUACCGCAUUUUGUUGAUUGGAGAGAAAAAGGUGCAGUUACUCCUGUUAAAGAUCAAAAAGCUUGUGGUUCUUGUUGGGCAUUUUCAACGACAGGAGCAUUGGAAGGACAAAACUUUAGAAAAACUGGUAAUUUGGUGUCCUUAAGUGAACAGAACUUGAUCGAUUGUUCUGGAAAAUAUGGCAAUAAUGGAUGCAGAGGUGGUCUUAUGGAUCAAGCAUUUCAAUAUAUUAAAGACAAUCAUGGCAUUGAUACAGAACAAAGUUAUCCUUAUGAAGCAGAAAAUGAUAAAUGCAGGUAUAGUCCACGUAACAGUGGUGCCGUUGAUGUUGGAUUUGUUGAUAUUCCACAAGGAGACGAACAAAAGCUAAAAUCUGCCGUUGCAACUAUUGGUCCAGUAUCAAUCGCUAUUGACGCUUCUCACCAAUCUUUCCAAUUUUAUUCUGAAGGAGUUUACUACGAACCUGAGUGUUCCGAUACAGAGUUGGAUCAUGGAGUAUUAGUAGUAGGAUAUGGAACUGAUGAUAAUGGAGAAGAUUAUUGGUUAGUGAAAAAUAGUUGGGACACAACUUGGGGUGAUAAAGGAUAUAUUAAAAUGGCAAGAAAUAAGAAUAAUCAUUGCGGUGUGGCCUCAAGUGCCAGUUAUCCGCUUGUUUAAAAACAAGAAGCACAUUAUAAAGUUAGUGUUGCUGGGAACCAAGUCUUCAUGACAAAUGUAAAUAAUU